ACACAAAUGAAUAAUGUAAAUAAAUUUAUUCCUAUUUGUAGAUCCUACGAUGCGUCUGUAAAGUCUUCGCAGAUUAAUAAUAUAGGGGACCAGUCAUUGUGUUGAAAAAACUCGUUUCGUUCUCAACGAUUUUUAUAAAAACUUCUCAUCACAAAUAUUCGACGCUCCCCACCUGUGUGGCGCUUUCCUCACGGCUCUACCCCGUUUACCGUCACAAAACUACACCAGUUUCUAUUACUUUUUCAUAAAGCAACACUUAAAAACUGUCGAAACUAAACAGCUAACAGGAUGCCUAGAGGUAAGGAGGUACUACUGCUGGACGUGGCAAAAAAAGCCAUAAAGGUCAAAGGCGGAUGUUCACAAAUGAAGAAGAACUUGCUCAACAACAUGAAGAAGAAAAGAAAAAGGCCUGGAGAAAGCAAAAAGGUUUGGAUUGUGAAGAAGGAACCAAAAGUGGUAGCUCAUCUUCAGAGGAUAGUGACAGUGAAGAGGAGAGUAAAUCCAAAGGAGUUGGGCACCUUAUAGAUAUUGAUAACCCCAACCGGGUUGUUAGCAAAACUAAAAAAGCCGCAACUGUUACUGUGGAACCGAAUCCCGCUCAAGGUCUUUCAAGAAGGGAGAGGGAAGAAAUUGAAAAACAACAAGCUCGAAUUAGGUAUCAGCAACUCCAUGUAAUGGGCAAAACAGAAGAAGCCAGAGCAGAUCUUGCUCGUUUAGCACUUAUAAAGAAACAAAGAGAAGAGUCUGCUAAGAGACGUGAAGAUGACAAAAAAGCCAAAGAUUGUGCCAAAUCUACGGCAAAUAAACUGAAAGGGAAAUCUUGAUGUUAGGCAGUUUGAGUUAAAGAGCAUCCUGUGACUAUUAGCAAUGUGAUUUUCACAUUUUUACUAAGUUAUCAGUGAUAACUUCGUAACCAUGAUUACCACUAAAAAGUAAUGUUAACUGUUAUUACUAUUAUUUUUAUUCUUAAAAUAUGUUACUGAGGUUCUGAAAACUGGCUUUUACCACUCCUUAUAUACUAUAACUAUAUCUUGCAUUUUUAUCCUUUAAAUUAUUCCUAGUUGAAGAAAUCUAAACUAAAUGUACACCGCUAGCAGUUAUUGGUUAGCAGAAUGCAUUUAUAUAAGAUAUACUUCUGCUUGAAAUUAACUCAAUGAGUAAAAAGAAAACUUUAGAAAAUAUGCAGAUGAUAUAAAUUGCAAUGAACACUUUCUUUUGUUUUAAAGUUUGCCAGUAGGAAAACAACUUUAUUAAAUUAUAUAAAAUCAAAAUAACUGACAAAUUUUCUACUUAAAAGCAUUGUUAAAUUUUGUAAAAAAAAUAAAUUGUAUUGCAUCUUGAUAUAUAUAACUCAUAUAUUAAAAUGAUCUUUUAGGUGAGUGCAAAAACAAAACAAAAAAGAAGAAAUGCAUACUAUAUUUCAGAUUAAUUUCUUCAGAAUGUUUUAUUGAAAAUGAACUGCUUUUCAUAACAUUUAUACAAUUGUAUCAGUUUUAACCUGAAAUAACUGUUAUGGACCGAGUCGGGCACUUUUCAGAUUUUUUCAAGUUUCCUUUUGAAACUUGAUGCUGAUUUUGAUGAGGAUUUUUUUUCCUUGUAUCAAAAAAUCUCUUUAGUAAGAAAAAUAGAGAAAAAAUAAUUUAUGAAAUUGCAAGAUAAUUCGAAGAAAACAUUUAAUGAAAUGGAUUUUUAUCAGCUAGAUCUCUUAGUAACACUUAAUAUCAAGCUGUGUGUUAUAAUUAAUGCACACAUGGGUAUAUUUAUUUAUGCUCUCAGUUUGAUGCUUAUGAUAUAUUCUUGCAUAUUAACAUUUGUUUAUAUUUGGUUUAAUAUAAUAUAAUGUUGUAAAAAAACCAUUAUUUGAUUUUUUUUUUUUUUUUUUUUUUUCAUGUUUGUCCUAUCAUUUGCCCAUGUGUUUAUAGUUUUAAGAAGCUUCAGUUAGCUGCUGCUUUGCAUUUAAAAUGUUCUUGAAAAUUUUAUUUGUAGAACAAGACUAUAUUCAUAGCGACUGGGAAAAACAAAAAUGGAAUUAAGCUUUUGCUUCAUUUAAAAUAGUUGCCCUCUCUUUUUUAUGGCAUCUAAAUUAUUUUUUUUUAUUAUUCAUUAAUACUCUUUAUCUUUGGAGUGGUAACUGUCCUGUUGUUAAAAGAGAAAUCUCUUCAACCCUUGAAGAUUGUCAGGGACUUAUGCUUCUUUAACCUUCAAAUUACUAUGUAUGUCUUCUGAAUGUAUUUUCAUUAAAGAUAUCUUUUAAGCUAA